AUGGCUGGAAGGGGAAGGGGGAGAGGUUCAUCUUUUACAUUUGAUCUUCAAGCAAUUGGCUUCUCAAAAGGAGAAUCUCUGCCAGAGAGUCAGCUAAAACCUAUAGCUACAUUUCCAACUGUAGAGUUCAGACCUUUUCCGCUUCACAGUGGGGAUGAUAUGAAUUAUAUGCUGGCAUUAAAGCAAGAAAUGCGAGGAAACAUGAAAAGACGGCCACACUACAUUGGUGAAGGCAUUGCGAAGCCAAGUGUAGAAAAAUAUCGUACAAAGUACCAUAUCGAAGCAGAAGAAAAAUUAAGUAAGGAAUGGACUCCAGAUUGGCGAGUACUACCGAGAGAAAUGAAGGCUGUGAAAGUGAAAAAGAAUAUAAAGAAACCUAAAAAGAUAAAAGUUAUUAAACCCAUCAGCAAGGAAGAUGUCCUGAAAAAAAUAGAGGAUCUGGAGAAAAAGGGUGAUGACGAAAAAUCAGAUGAGGAAGGAGAGGAGAAAAAAGAGGGUGAAGAGGAGGAAGAGGCAGAGAUUGAGGUUGAGGAUGAGGAGGAACAGGAAGAGGAAAAUGAUUACAUCGCCUCCUAUUUUGAAGAUGGAGAUGACUUUGGUGGAAGUGAUGACAAUAUGGAUGAAGCAACUUACUAA